GAUUGCGAUUUGCUUUCAUGAUGAGUCUUGUGGCUAUAAAAAGAUCGAAGGAAUGAAAGUUAAGGAUGUCCCUUGCUUAUUUCCUUCAGAUAAAACAGUAAGGUGAGGUUGAUCUUGCAGAAAUUCAGACACUUGCGUACAUAUCAAUGGAACCAUCUCCAGCCAACUGGUUAUCUGAUUUGGAAAUGGAUGAUUACGAUUUGUUUCCCUUGUGCCACCUGAACUCUAUCGAUGACGAUCUGUUUAUUUCACAACAUGACAUAGCCAGUGUUGUGCAGGCGCAGUACUUGCAGCCAUCUUUGUCUUGUGAGAGCUAUUCUUCGUAUAAUUCAUGCACUACUGCUGAAACUAGCCUCGAGGGGCCUCUUUUGCAGUUCAAAUCCAAUAAUAGUUGGAAUUAUUCCGCCAUAUCUGAUCCUUCAUCUUCUUCUCAACUUCUGUCUUUUGAUAACUCUAAUAAUAACACUUCGUCGCAUACCAACAGCACCAGCCUUUCUCAUGGUUUUGACCCAACCACGACAUUGAAGCCAAACAAGGAGCUAGAGGUUCCGUCACAUCAUAUACAUUAUUUCUCAGCUCAAUCUCCUAAUGGGUUUUUCCAAAAUCAUAACUUUGAGGCCAAAUCCACCCAAAGCAUCAAUAAUAGGCCCAUCCCUCACGUCCGUGAUCACAUCAUGGCUGAGAGAAAACGCAGAGAAAAACUCAGCCAGAGCUUCAUUGCUCUUUCAGCCCUUGUCCCUGGCCUCAAAAAGAUGGACAAGGCUUCGGUGCUUGGGGAUGCUAUCAAGUACGUGAAGGAGCUGAAGGAGCGACUGAGGUUGCUGGAAGAAGAGAACAAGAAAAGAAGAGUUGAAUCAGUGGUUAAAGCGAAGAAAUCGCAACUGUUCGAGGAUGACGAUGAUGAAGAAGGACUUGCUGAAGUGGAAGCAAGAGUGUUGGAGAAGGAGGUACUGGUUCGGAUCCACUGCCAGAAACACAAGGGACUUUUGGUGAAAAUACUAGCAGAGAUUCAGAAUCUGCAACUUUAUGUUGUCAAUAGCAGCGUCUUGCCAUUCGGGGACUCCAAUCUUGACGUCACCAUUAUUGCUCAGAUGGGCGAAGAUUGCAGCUUGACGAUGAGGGAACUCGUAAAGAACCUACGAGUGGCUAUUUUAAGUGAGUCGCACUCGGAUGAUGCAGCCAGAUACAAUAAAAAACUGAGACUUCAUUAAUUGGCCUUCUUUUUCUAUACUUGGGGGAAAAUAUAAUGCAGGAUCAUGACCGGGGGUUCGAUCUCAGCCCAGUUUAUGAAUAGAUCCUGUUCAAGACAACUUACGAAGCAUUGAUUUAUAUAUUUCUCCAAAUCAAAUCAUGUUCUCUUCAAAUGCACACAAAGGUUUAACACAUAAAUUUACUUUGAAUGCAUAUGAGGAGAACAAAAAAAUUCAUGAGAGAAGCAAGUUGUGCCGUCAGGUGUACUUACAAGUUAUAUAAUCGAUCUCAAAUUAAUUUGAGCCAUUCA